GCAGCAGAGGUUCAGAAGGAUGAGUCGGGCAUGAAAGAUUUGGAUGCAGAAAAGAAAUCCAAUGUCCCAACUGGAUCAAACUCUCUACUUAUUGGGACUGAUAGCAAGGCAGACAGCACAGGCUUAGGAACUGGUGAGGAUGGAGUGCUGGUUGUAGAACCCAACGAAGAUAGCAGCAAAUCAUGGGGAAUCAAGAGUAAAACAGAAGAUGCGGUUGCUGAAGAGAAAAAGUGUCUGGCCAUGGAUGACAACGGCAAGUCAGCUCAUAUCAUGAAUGAUCUUGCUGAUAGACAUCUUCAGUCAGUUGUUUGCCUAAAAGUUUGGUGGAGGGAUUGGUCUACGGAGGGGAGGAGACCGAUUAUGCCUCGGGCAACAGGUUCCAUCAUUUAUUCAUCUCAGGAGUCCAUGCUAAUUCUCAGCUGCUCUACAAUUUUCAGAAAUUUCACCACAUGCUUUGGUCCCGCAUUUGAUACCAUUGAAAUACUAAAUGAGAAUAUAUUUCUUCAAGUGGACUUCUUUGAUGGGCAUUCAGCUAUGGGCAUGGUUUAUUGCAUCAGUUGGUGGAAAGACUUGUGUCUUGUACUUAUUCCUUUCCCUGAGAGGACCUAUGAACCUGUAAAGUUCAUUGAUGAUGAGAAUUUGAUGGAUCAGUCUAUUUACAAAAGGGGAACAAAAGUGUUCUCAAUCUUUUGUAUACCAAAUGGUCAGAAGAUUUUGUUUGGCACUACCUCAAAUGGUAAAAUAUGUGGCCUCCCAAUAAUUGGCAAUGAUUUGGGUCCAGUUUACGAUCCUGACUUGGAGUUUUUUGAGUUCACUAUGCCGGGGGGAAAGGAGUGUCCUGGGAGACCUGUAUUCACAGAUAAUCUUUUAGUUAUGGGUAUUUGCACUUGUCGAUUUGAUAAAUUGGAGUUUGCUCUUACGCUUGAUCAGAUUCGGCGGUGGCUCCAUGAUUGUUUUGACAUCGAGAUGACAAGUAGUAUGAAUAAAACAGUAGCCAGAUUAUCUAGAAUCAUAUCUAAGCUGCCGGUCCCCAUUUCCCCCACCCCGCAUUCGCCCUGGCAAGGUCUCUACCCAGUCCGCCAUCAAGACCACCUAUGUCCAAGUCAGCUCACCGCCCAAGCAUGCCCAGACGCCCCUCUGCUUCCAGAAGCUGCCAAGCUUGUCCCCAAGUGGCUGACCAUGGAUGACGACCGCAAAUCAGCUCGUAUCAUGUGUGAACUCGCUGAUAAGCAUCUUGAGUCAGUCAUUUCCUUAAAAGUUCAGUGGAAGUAUAGCUCUAAGGAGGGGAGGAAACCGAUGAGGUCUUACGGAACAGGUUCCAUUAUCCACUCAUCCAAAAAGUUCAUUUUAAUUCUCAGCUCCUCUAAAGCUUUGAGAGCUUUCACCACACGCCCUGGCCCUGAUUUUAAUUCAGUUGGGAUGCUAAAUGAGAAUAUAAUCCUACGAGUGGACUUUCUUGAUGGGCAUUCAGCUAAGGGGGAAGUAUACUGCGUUGAUUGGUGGAAGGACUUAUGUCUUGUAUUUGUUCCUUACCCCAAGAAGUCAUAUGUCCCUGUUAAAUUCAUUGACAAUGAGGACUUGAUGGGUCAGUCUUUUUACAAAAGGGCAACAGAAGUGUUCUCAAUUUUCUGCUUCCCCACUUGUCAGAAAGAUGACAAGGUUUUAUUUGGCACUACCAUAAAUGGUAAAAUCUGUGGCGGCCCCGUGAUUGGCAAGGAUUUGGAUCCAGUGUAUGCUCCUGACUUAGAGUUUUUGAGUUUGAUAUGCCGGGGUCACUGGGAUGUUAUGGGGCACCUGUAUUCAAUGAGAGCCAUCUAGUUAUGGGAAUUUGGAUUUGUACGUUUUGUGAGUUCAAAUUUGCUCUCAAGAUUGAUGAGAUCCGGCGGUGGCUGCAUGAUUAUUUUACGAUCAAGCCGACUAGGAGCAUGAAUGAAACAAUAACCAGAGUAUGUGCACGUAUAGUUAAAUCGCGUGCUUAGAGCAAGGGAAACAGAGUCUGUACAAAUGCCACUAAGAAGACCUUCAGUUUAGAAUUAGAUGUUAUACUGACCAAGGCGGCAUGGAAAAGUAACGUUGCCUUUGAGGGAUGUGUUGUUACCUUUUUUGCUGCGGGCUGAUUCUUGGGAAAGUUAAGGGAAUGUUAUACUGUACAAACAGAGUCUGUACUUUCCUUGAUUCUUGGGGAAAGUCAAGGGAAUGCAUAACAGGAUGAGGUAACGGUGUGGUUUACGAACCUUCUGCGUUGUAUUGGGAGCUUACUUGAUUCAGACGGGUGUAAAUAUAGGGCGUGGUUGCUGUAUCCUGUAUGAGACGUUUUACAUGUCUAAUGAUGAUGCCAAAACAAGGAGUCAUCUAUUUUGGAACGGAGGGAGUACAUGGUAGUACUACUGUGGCUGAAGUUUUUGGUCUACUGUUAAAGCCCUGACAAAAUAUUCUGCCUCUUCCACGAAGGAGCACCAGCUCCGGUUCAUCGCCCCACCCUCCGGCGACCAUGCUGCGAGGCCGCUCCAGAAACUAAUUGUAUUCAAGUAGCUCUUCUUCAGAAACUACUUGUUCGCUGAAGCAUAGCAUUAUUAAUGGUCAGUUCAU